AUGGCACCGUAUCUUGAUCUGGGUUUAUCACAAUCAGGGCGAGAUUCUUCGCCUCCCACGGCGAAUGGCCAUGAUAACAGCAAAUCACCUGAUAUUGCUAUCGUCGGGUAUUCUUUCGAGUUCCCUGAGGCAGACACUGAUGAUGCCCUCUGGGACAUUAUGUUAUCUGGGCGAACAACCGCCUCCGAGUUCCCCGCAGAAAGACUUUCAGCUCGGAACUAUCGUGGCAUCGAUGAAUCUGAAAAAGGAACUGUUUACCCCCGGCGGGCUGCGUUCUUGAAAAGAGACCUUGGUGCUUUCGAUGCCAAUUUCUUUGGUAUGACUGCAGAAGAAGCAUCGGCAGCAGAUCCUCAGCAGCGCAUACUCCUUGAGACUACUUAUAAGGCGCUUGAAAGUGCGGGAAUGCCUAUGGAGAGAGUCAGCGGUUCUAGGGCUUCUGUGCACGUCGGAGCCUUUGGUAUGGACUACUUGUUAGCCACGGGGAAAGAUCCUCAACGUGGUCCUAAGUAUGCAUCGACGGGGAUGGCGCUCAGCAUGCUAUCCAAUAGGAUCAGUACAUUCUUCAACCUUACCGGCCCUAGUGUUACACUCGAUACAGCGUGCUCGAGUAGUCUGGUCGCCUUUGACCUAGCCUGCCGCUCCAUCAAGCAAGGUGAAUCUAGCAUGGGGAUCGUUGCUGGCUGUAGCAUGCUGCUUACGCCGGAUUAUUUCCUUAGCUUGUCGAACCUUGGCUUGCUAGGGCCAGAUGGGCUUUGCCGCUCGUUUGAUAGCAAAGGUAACGGCUACGGUCGCGGAGAGGGUUUCGGAGUCGUUAUACUCAAGCCUCUGGAUGAUGCUAUCCGGGACGGUGAUACUAUCCGUGCCGUAGUUAGGGCGACUGAAACCAACCAAAAUGGGCGUACAAGCCUGGCACAACCAGACGAAAACGCACAAUUGCAGCUCAUUAAGGAUACGUAUCGGCAUGCACGUCUUGAUAUCUCCCGUACGCGUUACCUCGAGGCACACGGUACAGGGACGGUCGUCGGCGACCCUAUUGAAGCAAUGGCAGUUGGAAGUGCUUUUGGUCCUAGCCGAAAGGCCGCCGAUCCCCUCAUUAUGGGGGCCAUAAAGGCAAAUAUUGGACAUCUCGAAGGUGCCUCAGGGAUUGCGGGAAUAAUCAAAACCAUCUUGGUUUUGGAAGCAGGAAUCAUUCCUCCGAUCGCAGGCCUCCAGGACUUGAAUAGCUCGAUCGACAGUGAAUUCCUGAAACUGAAGUUCCCUCAAACUGCUCAAGCCUGGCCAUGUGGUGGGUUGCGACGAGCAUCGGUUAACUCCUUUGGCUUUGGGGGAACUAAUGCCCACGUAAUUCUUGAUGAUGCCUUCCAUUACCUCCAAGAGCACAAGCGGAGCGGGAAACAUCGCACUGAACCUGUACCUCGGCGUCUUUUGUCAUUAGAAGACGGCGCUAAUUUGGAAUGGGGUUCAAUGAACGGUUCAGCUGAGGAUAACACUGCUGUCAUACCAGCGCCUACGAGACCAAGGCUUUUCGUGUGGUCAGCGAACAACGAGAACUCCAUAUCUCAAAUGAGAACGCUCUGGCAAGAAUACCUAACGCAAUUAGGUUCACAGGAGAGUGUAGUGGCCGACCAGUAUCUCGAUGAUCUGGCGCAUACACUCUUCCGUAAGCGAAGCCUUCAUAACUGGAGGAUCGCUGCUGUGGCAGAUUCUGUGUCCAGCCUUGCCCAGAAGCUGCUUGAUUCCGAACCGCCUACAAAAACAAAACGAAAUCCCCAUCUGGGGUUUGUUUUUACGGGACAGGGCGCGCAGUGGGCCGGGAUGGGCAAGGAGCUCAUCAUGUUCCCGACCUUCCAGGAAAAUAUUUUGGAAGCCGGAAUAUAUCUGAAAAGUCUGGGAUGUAAAUGGGAUGUCAGUAGUGUGCUCUUUGGCGACGACAUAAACCGGGCGAGGAUUGACGAGCCUCAAUUCGCGCAACCACUCUGUACUAUUAUCCAGGUUGCGCUUGUUAAUCUCUUGAGGGUCUUUCGUAUCAAUCCCUCUGUCGUAGUAGGCCACUCCAGUGGGGAGAUUGCCGCCGCGUACGCAAUUGGCGCCAUCAGUCGGCAGUCAGCCUGGAAGCUAGCGUAUUAUCGUGGACUCCUCUCGAGCGAUAUGGCGGCAUCUUCGGAUUUUCUGCCCCGUGGUUCCAUGAUGGCCGUUGGUGCAUCUGAAACUUCACUUUCCUCAUAUAUAAAAGAGACAGUGUGUAUUUCAGAUCGCGGCACCUUGGUUGUGGCUUGCGUGAACAGCCCACAGAAUGUCACGCUUUCGGGUGACGCAGAUCUUAUUCAAUCUCUUCAAGCUCGAUUGGAGCGGGAGGAUAUAUUCAGUAGGAAGCUCAAAAUUCCCGUCGCUUAUCAUAGCCCCCAUAUGCACCAUAUCGCGCAGUCAUACCGAUCGUUAAUCGGCACGCUCGACUCUGGAGAUUCACCCUGCUAUACUAGCAUGGUAUCAUCAGUAACCGGUGACAAAAUCUCCAAAUCCGAACUUCAAAACAGCGAUUAUUGGGUGAGAAAUCUGGUUUCUAAAGUACGAUUUUCGGAUGCGAUUACCGUUAUAUGCCGCAACUCAGUUACGAAAACCAGAAACAAACUUGAUAUGAGCCAUCGUGACGUUCUCCCAAUCUCCGACCUCAUCGAGAUUGGUCCACAUUCAGCAUUGCGGGGACCAAUUCGAGAAACGAUCGCUAAUUGCGGGAUACCAGGAAUUGAAUUGUCGUACAUCGCCUCCAUGGUGCGCGGCAAGUCGUCUAUGAUAUCUUUGCUAAAUGCCGUAGGAAACCUGCACUGCCACGGGUUUGACGUCGACCUAGAUAAGAUCAAUAGUCUUCACGAAGAGUCUCAGAUUCCGCGAAUAUCGCUUCCGACUCUACCAAAAUACCCCUUCGACCAUUCAAAAUCAUAUUGGAGUGAACCUCCCGUUAGCAAGCACAUGCGAUUUCCACCCUACCCAUAUACCGAGUUUUUGGGGGCGCCAGUACCUGACUGGAACCCUCUAGAGCCACGCUGGCGUAAUAACUUGAAGAUUUCCUCAAUUGGGUGGUUAGAAGACCAUAAGAUUAAUGGGGACACCCUAUUUCCAGGGGCUGGCAUGCUCGUUAUGGCGAUUGAAGCCGUUACUCGGAUUACUACCGGGGGCGAAAUCGUUGCGUACGAAAUCAGGGACACUGCCUUCAUCUCCGCGUUGUCAAUCCCGUCGGACGAAGCUGGCGUAGAUGUCCAGUUCUGUCUCAAGCCAUCCCAAGACACAGCUGCCAAGGGAGGUUCUUGGGCGACAUUCUCACUUUUCAAGGUAUACAACGACAGCUUCACUGAAAUUUGCCGAGGCUCGAUAAAAGCCAUCCUCAAAAAUCAGAUUGAGCAAGAUCUGGAAGGAGAAGACGAUAAUCAAACAAGAUACGUCGAGAGUCUGAUAUCGUCGGUCGAUGCUUCGCGUUCAAUCAACAUGCAGGCCACAGAAUUCUAUACAAAGCUAAGCGACCGCGGGGCUUAUUACGGCCCGGCAUUCCAGCGCGUUGACAGUAUAUGGGGUAAUGAUGAGGGCCUCGCAGCCGGAAACAUCUCAGUAUACACCCCAGAGAUGUUGCUAGCAGGAGGUCCCUUGGUCAUUCACCCUUCCACUCUUGAUGCCUUAUUUCAGAUGACUUCUGCGUUAGCACUUGGACGAAGUGAUAACUCCAACUCAACAUGGGUUCCUUCCUAUGUUUCCAGGAUGAAGAUUGAAAGUUCAGGUCUUUGCGGAGCAUCGGAAGGGGAAACCCUCAAAGCGUAUUCAUCGACUGAGGUCAGAGGUUCUCGAUCAACCAUAUCGUCCCUGAUACACGCAGAAGGAAUAGAAUGUCGCAUCGUUUCGGACGAAGCGCAAAUUGAAACUUCGGCGACGGCAGCAUCGAACGUGAGGAGGCUCUGUUACGAUCUUCAUUGGAUGCCAGACCUUUCCUUGCUUGAUAACAGGCAAAUAGCAGCAUAUGCCCAUGAGCUUCCAUCCACAAAUCCCGACCCAACCGAUUUUCUUCGUACAGCAGUGAGAACAGUUUCGCCGGACGAGCUCCCCGUGGAACCAGCCCAUAUACAGAGACAGUACGAAUGGUUGUGUAUGCAACUUGAUGUAGCUGAAGAACGGCUGCCGGCGGGGCUCCCCCAGGACUGGAUGAAGUUUACUCGUGACGCGGCCUAUCAGAAGUUGUGUGAUGAUCUCGAAGCCACGGGUAGACUUGGUCAGAUCUACGUCCAAUUUGGCAAACAUGUUGCGGACAUAUUACGUGGCGAUGCGGACCCAUUGGAAAUACUCGCUCAGGAUGACAUGCUGAAAGAUUAUUACGAGCUCUUCCAGCGAGAUGCGAAAUUCUUUAAGCCUGUCCAGAGAUAUUUAGACGCGCUAGCACACAAGAACCCGGCCAUGAAGAUGUUAGAGGUCGGCGCGGGUACCGGAGCCACAACCAAGUAUGUCUUAGAAACAUUGACUCGGGAAUCGUCUCAUGGAGUCUUCUGUCGGUUUUCGCAGUACGACUUUACCGAUAUCUCGCCAUCAUUCUUAGAAAAGGCUUCAGAUGACUUCGUAGGGCUACCAAAGAUGAAAUUCCGAGUGUUUGAUGCCGAGAAGGACACAAGCAGCCAGGGUUACGAAGAAGGUUCUUACGAUGUAGUAAUAGCUUCGAACGUCCUUCACGCUACGGCGUCGCUCAAAAACACAUUGGAAAAUAUUCGAAAGUUACUGCGAGAGGACGGGAAACUGAUCAUAAUCGAGAUUACGGAUCCAAUGUCCAUAAUUGCCCAUUCGAUUUUUGGAUAUCUCCCUGGGUGGUGGCGGAGCACGGAACCUUGGAGACAGAAAGGACCUAUAAGUAGUCUUACCCAAUGGAAGCGAGAGCUCAGAGACACUGGAUUUACCGGAAUAGAUUGGACCUCUGACGACUUUGAGCUGGAGGAGAACCACUUCACGACCUUGAUCGUGUCAUCCAAGGCGAAGGAUCCAGAGUUACCGGAGAAUGGCACUUCUAUCCAUAAUAAAACCGUGAGAAUAGUUACAGACUGGUCUGAGCCAUCCCGCUCCGGCCUAUCAGAUUUGGCAGCUUCGCGACUCAAGGAACUCGGUGUCCUUGAUUUACACGAAGACAGCUUCUGCAAACUUGCCACACAGGAUGGGAUUGAGGAUGACCUUAUCCUGGUCAUUCAAGAGGGCGAUAAGCUUUCACUGGAACACAUGGACUCCCAACAGUACGAGUGGCUACACUCAACUCUAUGCCGCGCCAACGCAGUUAUGUGGCUUGCAGAUAUAUCGAGCGCAGAAGAAACCUUGAGGGCAAGCCUUGUACAGGGAUUUGCCCGAGCCCUACGAGAAGAGCGGGUGGGUCUUAUUCUAACUGUAGUCACUUUCGAUACUUCUUGUCUAGUCAACCUAGCAGAAAGCCUGGAUAGGUCCUUGGAAGGAUGGUUCGAGUCUAUACAAUCCGAUACUUAUGAGCCGGAGCUGGCCCAGGUCGGUCAAAGAUUGCAAAUUCCUCGGGUCUACGAGUAUGAUGAGUUAAACCGGAAGAUUUUCGAAUUCACAUCAGAUUUCAUCGAGCGGCCGAUACGAUUCAGAGAGCGGAACCUCAAACUUAAGGUGCGCCAGGCCGGAUUACUGGAGACUCUUUACUUCGAAGAGACCCCACCACGAGCGCCGCUCGGACCGGGGGAGAUCGAAGUUGAGGUGAAAGCAGUCGGCGUAAAUUUCAAAGACUGUCUAGUGGCACUUGGUCGCGUUUUUGAGAGUUCAAUCGGCGGCGAAUGUGCGGGAAUUAUUGUCGAUGUAGGUCCAGGAUGCCAGCUCAAGGUCCACGAUCGCGUAUUCCUAUUUGGCCGAGAUUCGUUCCAAGGACGGGUGAGAAGCUCGGAGAAACUAGCUGCUAAAAUCCCGGACGAUAUGUCGUACGUUGAUGCCAGCGUGUUGCCAACCAACUUCGUUACGGCGUACCAUUCUCUAAUUACCAUGGCGCGGCUUAUGCCUGGAGAGUCGGUUUUGAUACACUCGGGCGCAGGAGGUACGGGUCAGGCAGCCAUCCAAAUAGCCAAAAGCUGCGGUGCGAAAAUAUUCACCACGGUUGGAUCAACAAGUAAAAAGGACUUGUUGGUCGAGCUUUACGAUAUCCCGCCGCAAAAUAUCCUUAACAGUCGGGAUCUCUCCUUCGCCGACGGAAUUAAGCGCCUCACUAAUGGUAUAGGUGUCGAUGUGGUCCUCAACUCUCUAGCUGGCGACGCUCUGAUCGCUUCGUGGGAGUGCGUUGCCGCACACGGCCGAUUCAUCGAGAUCGGGAAAUGGGACAUAUUUUCGCACAACAAGUUACCCAUGUUCCAAUUCGCGAAUAAUGUGUCGUUCAGCGCCGUAGAUGUUGGUACGCUAGGCCAGCAGAAACCCGAGCUAAUCGAGCGGACGAUGAACGCCAUCGUAGACCUUGUUAGAGAGAAGGCAAUUCAUCUACCCUUCCCGCUAAAAACAUUCCGCAUCUCCGAGGUCGAAUUGGCUUUCAGGUACCUCCAAAGCGGAUCGAACGCCGGAAAGGUAGCGAUUGAGGUCGACCCAGAUGAAAUUGUGCCGGCUUUCAUUAACCCGCGGCCCGAUUGGACUUUCAGUCCAGAUGAAACGUUCGUUAUUGCUGGUGGCCUCGGAGGUCAGGGCCGAAGCAUCGCGAGGUGGAUGGCUUCGAAAGGGGCCAAGAACUUAGUUAUACUUUCUCGAUCCGGAGCGCAGGCCGAUACGGCAAUAUCGUUAGUGGACGAUCUGCGAAGCAAGGGCGUAAAUGUGUGCUGCUCUCCUUGCAAUAUCGCCGAUGCCUCUUCCCUACGAGCAGUACUAGAGCAUUGCAAAUCAAAUAUGCCCCCAAUUAAAGGCUGCAUCCAAGCUGCGAUGGAUGUCCAGGAUUCGUUGUUCGAGAGAAUGAGCCAUAGUCAAUGGCAUGCGUCGCUCCAACCUAAAGUGCCAGGGACGUGGAAUUUGCACCAGCAAUUGCCGAGGAACCUUGACUUCUUCAUUAUGUUCUCGUCAGUGGCUGGCAUCAUCGGCGCAACAGGGCAGUCUAAUUACGCAGCUGGUAACGUGUUCCAGGAUGAACUCGCCAAGUUCCGACUUGCACGGGGCGAGGCAGCGAUAUCAUUGGACCUGAGCACGCUCGUCGAUGACGGGUGGGCUUCAGAGAAUAAGGAAUGGUUAAAGCAGUAUGUCAACAUCAAGCAAUUGAUGCUAAUGUACCGCCCUGAGGUGUAUGCGUUGCUAGACCAGUAUUGCAACAGAGACAAUGUUAUCGUUAAUGGGGAGCAGCGCUCGCAAGUGGUCAUAGGACUCGAGAUUCCUGCCGAGGUGGUUGCCCGUGGUAUAGAGUGGGCUGACUGGAUGAAGGACCCAAUGUUCGCUAAUCUUCACCAACUACCAGUAUCGGUCAAUGCGCAGCAGGGCGACAGUAAGCCGGGCGAUGGCGGUCCAGAUCUAGUCACGCAGGUCAUGCAGGCGACAUCCCUAGCCGAAGCGGUUGAGGCGGUGGCUCGGGGAUUCAUAGCUAAGCUUGGACGGAUCCUAUCAACCGAGCCGGGCAUGUUGGACAAAAUGCAGCCUUUACACACAUAUGGAGUGGAUUCCCUCAUUGCGGUGGAGCUGCGCAACUGGUUCAUGAAAACUGCUAAGGUGGAUGUGUCGGUAUUUCAGAUAUUGAGCGGUUCGUCGGCAAUGGAGCUCGGGCAAUCGGUGGCAGAGAAGAUGCGGAGUUGGGAAUAAUCACAUCAGUCGAAUAGCAGAAAACGAUGAAAUGUUGUAUUCUAGAAGUGGAAUUUGGACCACAAGUCCAAUUGAAAUAUCUCUCACAG